CCAAUCGAAGAACAAAUGAAUUGUUCGCCAAUCACAGAUCAGAAUCCCGUUUUUACGAGUCCACUGUUUUCAGCGUCCAUUCAAAAGCAAUUUUUUUUCCCCCUCACCAAUCCGGCGCCACACUUUCUGACAGCUGCCCAAUCAGAAUUGUCGUUACACGAAGAUCGGGCUUUGUAUUUACGCGUCUGCCUGAGGAAUGUAAACUAUUCAACAUGGAGACAGCAGUCAAUAAGCUGGAGGCGAUGUCGCUGGAUUGCACCAAUAGCAGAAUGUAAAAAUGAAAACUUCCAGCAGGCCGAGUCAGACCUGCAGUACAUGGAGCACAAGCUGGAGUUCGAGUUCAUGAGCAGCCUACCGGAGAACAGUGCUGUGGAGGAGAACCCGGUGAAGCUGCUGGAGAACCUGUCUGCGAUCAAGGCCCGGCACAAAGCCCUGGUCACGCAGGUGGAGCAGAUCGCUCUGGAGCAGAAACAGUCGAUGGAGGCAAUCCGAGAGCAGCUGAGCUCCACCGUGCACAUCGUGCAGCAGCUGCAGCAGAGCACUGAUAUCGAGGUACCCCCCCUGACAGAGGAGGAGCAAGCAGCCAUGCAGGAGCAGUGCUCAGCUUUACUAGGCAGCACCACACAGGAGACGGCGUCCUGCUCUGAACCGGCGGCAGUCACACAGCAACCACAAUUACCUGCAGAGCCGCAGUUUGAGCCGGUCAGCGAGGAGGCUCUGGACUUGGUGCCGCGCGGCGUGCGCUCCAACAUCAAGCUGGCAGAGCUCAAUGCACUCUACAGGCAGCUCUACCAGUACUUCAGUAAAAGGAGGGACAGUGCUGCCCUGAGUGUGCUACAGAUGAACAAAAUGAACAUGAAGCCGAGUGAUACCAAGCUGAAGAUCCUGAAGCAUCUGUCCCUCAUCGAGCUGGACAGAAAGGGGCAUGUCCGCCUAGCACCCAGACUCUGAGGGGGCAGCCUGCAGCCUGAACUGUCACCUGACCUGGACUGACAGCACACAUCAAAUAUCUUCAUAAAACCUGAUAGGGGCCAAGCAGCAGCUUCCACCUUGAUAAGCUCUGAAACUGUUUUCUGUCUUUUUAAGGGUGAGGUAGUUUUUAUUUCUCAGAGGUCUAAUAUGUAGAAAUGAAGAGAAUCUGGAAGGAUGAUCAUUCCUGGAAAGCAAUGCAGCUGGUUGGCUGUGUAUCCCACAGCCCUUGAAUAUCGGAGCGGACUUGGGGUGAAACCCAUUUGCACUGUAUUCUAUUUUGUAUUGGUUUUUUAUUUGUUAAUAGUUAUAUAAAUUAUUGUGUUUGUAAUGGAUCAUGAUUUUAAAUGUAUGUAAAGAUAAAUACAUAACCUUUUUGCAGAAA